UUUAACUAAAUUGCGGGGUACGUAACAAGCAAAAUCAAAGUAAGGUUCCUCUUUGAUCGAUUUCUCAACAAUUCAAUUCCCCAUACAACGCCAUUGAGCACGAGCUUCGCGCUUUCUUCUAUUGCAAUUGAAAUCCCUAAACCUCCGAAAUCAAAUCCCCCUUCUCUGCAAAUUUAUCCUUAAUGGCUCUUCACACCCAGGUUGUUGGGUUGGCACAGCUUCUUUGCCCUCUUAAUUCCAACAUUGUUCUCAAAACAGCAUGCUGUUCUAUAGGGAUUGUGAUACCCGUUUACUCUACCUUUAAGGCUAUUGAGAGUAAAGACCAAAAUGAUCAGCACAAGUGGUUAUUGUAUUGGGCAGCUUAUGGAUCUUUUAGUGUAGCAGAAAUGUUUGCAGAAAAGUUACUUUCCUGGUUUCCACUCUAUUACCACAUGAAGUUUGCAUUUCUUGUUUGGCUACAGCUUCCCACUAUUAAUGGUGCAAAACAACUCUACACGGAUCAUUUGCGUCCAUUCCUGUUAAGGCAUCAAGCUAGACUUGAUCAUGUUGUCGACGUUGUGUAUGGUGAAAUGAGUAAAUUUGUCAUUGCACACCAGGUGGAAUUCCAACUUGCAAGAUCUCUACUAAUGAACAUUUUAGUGACAGCAAAUCAAAUGGUUAGGAGUAUCAUUCUACCGGCUAGAAGGGAACCAAAUCGUAUCGAAGGACCGAAGGGGCCACCGGUUCAGGAUUCUGAAUCAGACGAAGAGUGAUCUGUUUAUUUCUCGUCGUUAGAAAAGCAUCGAUUGGAUAGUUUUAUAAUGCACGAAUUUUGUGAUAUGCAUGUGGUUUUGUCUUAGUUCUGAGCUUCAAAUUUUCUUCUUUCAUUUUUCCCUGGUUUCAAUCAUUGUACAUAGGAAAUUUGCAUAUUGUAUCCAAUAAGAAGAACGUUCUUGGCAACUAGUUGAACUUGGGAGUGAGAUAUAUAAAACAAAAGUAAUAUAGUACCUCACCUAAUGUCCUGCAGCACACUUGGGGGUUUUGUCUACACCAUCCCUCUACCGGCCGUCAGUGCACCCAACCUGGCCAACCAAUCUACCGCCUGAUUUGCUUGCCGGUCAAUGAGCUCGAAGCAGAUAGACCAACUUUGACGAAAUAGUAAGGUGGGGUAAAUCUGUAAAUAUUUUAGGCAGCUCCAUUGGAUGGAACUUUUAUACAGAGCUCCAUCAAAUUUGCUAUACAUUAAUUUGCUACUCGGAUUUUGAAUAUCCAUCAUAUAAUUUCCCAUUA